AUGGAAAGUUUGAUGCGUGUCUGCCGCUCCUGUAGAGCUGUGGGGACCCUCCUCCUGACAGCUUUGAGUUGGAGCAGCUGCUUGUCAAUGGGGGAGGAGGCCGUUUGCACAGCCCCGGGUCUGGGGAGGUACAGUAUCGCCUUUACUGGGAAAUGGAGCCAGACAGCCUUCCCCAAGCAGUACCCUCUCUUCAGACCCCCUGCACAGUGGUCCUCUUUACUAGGUGCCACACACAGCUCUGACUAUAGUAUGUGGAAGAAGGAUGAGUACGCCAGCAAUGGGGUUCGGGAUUUUGCUGAAAAGGGCGAAGCAUGGGAACUGAUGAAAGAAAUCGAGGCAGCUGGUGAGAAAAUUCAGAGUGUGCACAGUGUUUUCUCAGCCUCAGCAAUCCCCAGUGGCACAGGACAGACCUCCACUCAGUUAGAAGCACAUUCAAGGCAUUCACUAGUGUCUUUCUUAGUACGGAUUGUCCCCAGUCCUGACUGGUUUGUCGGAGUUGAUAGCGUCAAUCUCUGUGAAGGAAACCGAUGGAAAGAACAAGUCACCAUGGACCUCUUUCCCUAUGAUGCUGGGACAGACAGUGGCUUCACAUUCUCCUCCCCCAACUUCGCCACCAUCCCUCAGGACACGGUGAAAGAGAUAACAUCAUCCUCUCCAAGCCACCCUGCAAACUCCUUCUAUUAUCCCAGGCUGAAAUCUCUGCCUCCCAUUGCCCGAGUGACCAUGGUGAGAAUCAAGAAGAGGCAGAGGGUCUUCGUCCCCACUCCUCCCCCCGUGGUCCGCAUGGGGAACGAGAUCGAAGAUGCUCUAUCAGAAACACCUCUGGACUGUGAGGUCUCCCUGUGGUCUUCCUGGGGUCUCUGCACAGGUCCAUGUGGAAAGACAGGCGCCAAGAGCCGCACUCGCUACGUCCGUCUGCAGCCAGCCAAUAACGGGACCCCCUGCCCAGCCCUGGAAGAAGAGACUGCGUGUGAACCUGACAACUGUAUCUAA